UUCAAUUCACAGAAGAAACUUAUCCAAAAUGUCAAAAGAACGUGUCUGUCUUAUCGGCUCCGGAAACUGGGGCUCAGCCGUCGGUAAAAUUGUCAGUGAAAACAUCCUCAAACACCCAGAUAUCUUUGAACGCCAAGUGCGCCAAUGGGUAUUCGAAGAAGACUUUAAAGGAGAAAAGCUCACAGACGUGAUUAACCGCGAACAUGAAAACCCAAAGUACCUGCCUGGAAUCAAGUUUGCAGACAACCUCACAGCUGUACCUGAUCUCGUAGACGCAUGUGAAGAUGCCACCGUGUUGGUGUUUGUCUUGCCUCAUCAGUUUGUGCGUGGUGUGUGCGAUAAGCUGAGCGGCAAGAUCCCGUCCAAUGCAAAGGCCAUCUCGCUCAUCAAGGGUCUCGAAAUCAAGCCUGAGGGCGUGACCUUGUUCUCAGAGGAAAUUGCCCGUCUGUUGGGUAUUAAUGUGGCCGCAUUGAGUGGUGCCAACAUUGCGGACGAAGUUGCCCAGGAGAAGUUUUGCGAAACCACAAUCGGUUGUCGUUCCCAGGCUGAUGGCGAGUUGUUCUUCAAGCUGUUCAACACCGACUAUUUCCACGUCAAUGUGAUCCGCGACUAUGUCGGCGUCGAACUCUGUGGUGCCUUGAAAAAUGUUGUGGCUGUUGGCGCUGGUUUAUCUGACGGUCUUGGCUAUGGAAGCAAUACAAAGGCUGCCAUUAUCCGCUUGGGUUUGAUGGAGAUGCGUAAAUUUGGCCAGACUUUCUUUGGUGGUGUAGAAGACACUACCUUCUUUGAGUCGUGUGGUGUGGCCGAUCUGAUUACAACCUGCUCUGGUGGUCGUAACCGCAAGGUGGCCGAGGCUUUUGUGUUGACAGGAAAGCCCAUUGACGAACUCGAGCGCGAGCUGUUGAACGGUCAGAAGCUGCAGGGUACAUUGACUGCCCAGGAAGUUCACCAGUUCCUUGCUCCUCGCAACAUGACUUCCGAAUUCCCUCUUUUCGAGACCGUCUAUCGAAUCAUCUACAAGGGUGCUCCUAUCGAUUCUAUUGUCAAGGAUAUCUAAUUUUAGAACUCAUUUUGUUCUUCCUUUUCUCUCUAUUUUUUUUUGUACAUAAAACAACCAAGACAAAUUUGAUCCAUUUAUCCAAUUUUUAUAUCUCCUUUAUAUCCCUACUAUAUAUAUUUAUUUAUUCUCAAGAACUUUUUCAUCUUUAGAUGUCUUUGGAUCAUAUACUUUAUUUUGUCUAUCAAGCAUAAAAAAAAACAAAUAAACAAAUAAACAAAUAAACAAGCAAAUAAAAAUGAAAUGAAAAGAAAAGAAAAUAAAAAGCAAGCUGAUAUUUACAACUC